AUGACCAUGAUUCAAGGCGCCGAAGCAUCCAUGACCAAGGUCACUAGUGCCGGGCUUCGCCUGUCCUUACUCCUCAACGCUGCAGCAUGUCAACUUGCACAGUCAAGGAUUGAGAUCCACAGUAUUGCAAAAGGAAUCACACUGUUUGCAUCUACUCUGAAAGAUGCGGGGAAGGCGUUGGAUGCUACGAAAGUAGUAGAUCUAUCCCCCAGAGUGACGGAGAAGGUCUGGGAGAUCGCCAACCAGGGCCAAGUGAUGUUUAUUGAGAUCGAACACAUGCUCGACAAAUUGCAAGGGACCGACUCCAAUGAUGAUCUGAGGAGACUUCCGAUGCUGGAACGACUGAAAUGGUGCUUCAGAAAACAACACGUCAUUUACCUUUUGGCGUGCUUUGAAUCGUUGAAGCUCAGUCUCAUAGUCAUCAUGCGGGUUAUUCAGCUAGCCCGUAUUCUAGAAUCGAACAUCGAUCUUCCCAGCUCGGCUUCUCCUACGGCGGACGAUGUUAUCGCUCAAGAGAAAGUAGAGACUCAGAAUAUGAUUAUCGUUCGAUAUUGGUCUACCAAACGCCUAGAUCGCAUGUGGGAGGCAGUGGAACAAGAAUCCAUGGAAGCUGCAAGUGACCCGACGAGUCAAAAGAUCAAUAUUGACUACUACUUCUCCACCGCUACAGCUACAGUGAAGCCCAGCACCGUGGAGACAGCAUUUUCUGGCAUCACCAAGCUUCCCGUGGUUGCCUUUGGAGACAUUGACGUUGGUCUAAGUGAUAUUGAACGCUCUCCAAAGGACAUGGUCCACCUAUCAGAGAGGGCAAUGAACGGACUUCUAUCACUUUGGGCUCCAUCAUUGAGCCCCAAGCAGCAACUCCCCAGCCCAAUCACCCGCGGCUUCGAGUCCUGCCGACCGCAAGUCUAUAUCUCCUCCGACAACAGCGACGAAGAUAUAGAAGAUCGCCAAUUCGAUACGUCCGAAGUUCGCGGCUAUUACCUGGAAGGCAAUACGACAGAUUGGCGAAAACCUCAGUCCCAACAAGCCCGACACGAAGCUGCUCGUUUACGCAGUCAAUACUCCGGGCUCCAGGCGCACGUGGAAAGCGAACCCGAGACUGACGACAGCUUACGGCGCAAAGACAAAAUUCCCAAGUCCAAAACCGCUCCUUCAAGUGAAGACGGCGAGCGAUCAUUCUCUCCACGCCAGUCAUCCGACCCCGGGGCUACGAAGGGGGCCCGCAUCCACUCCAACAGCUUCACAUCCGGAUAUGCACCCCAUGUCCCUCACAUCCCAGAACCGAAACAUGUCGCCUUUGCCAGCACCAGCCUUCCACCCCCAGACCCAGGCAUUCACCGCUCCAGAUCAUCAUCGACAUCAUACCACCAGCAGCCUGUUUCAUCCAAGCCCCCAGGAUACCCCCAACAAGGCGUACAACAGGGCUCGCACAGAUACGCCUCCAGUCAACAAGAGUACUGCAGAACCGCCCCACGCUCUAUCCCAGUACCCCCGAACAACCGUCUCAAUCCACCGCCUUCCAUGCCCGGUCACUCGCCCCGAGGUACACCCCCCAGCCCAUCCGAGCCUCACUGGCCCAGGUCGGACUCGCAGAGAUACAGUAGCGCCAGCAUGCCAAAGUCUAGGCACCACCAGCCUGCGUAUAAUCCCUCGUCCUCCUCCCCGGAGUCCAGCUUCCACCAGCCGCCUCCCCGUUCUUCGGGCCAGAGGUCGCCGUCUCGGUCUCGUCGAUCCUCACGAGAGGAGAACAAGGACCGGAAUAAUGGUCUGAGGCGCAGUGCUACGAGGGGUCUUGCGGGGAUCGGCGCUAUUGCUGGAUUUAUGGAUGCGCUGGAGGCGUUUCAGAUCCUUUGA